AUGGCGCGGGCGGCGGGGCUCUGCCUGGCCGCCUGCGGCCUCGCCUGGCUCCUCGCCUGCUGCGCGGCCCGCCGACAACCCUCAGGCAAUGAGGCUUUUACCAUUCGCCAUGACACACUGAGCAAGUGUAUACAAGUUAAAAACUCACGGAUAGUGAUAGAUGACUGCAAGGACACAAGUGAAGCUUUAUGGAAAUGGGUAUCCCAGAAUCGCCUCUUUCAUUUGGGGUCCAAGCAGUGCCUGGGACUUGAUAUAUUCACCAAAUCACUGUCUCGCCUGAAAAUGGUUGAUUGUAACUCAGAACUAAUGCUGUGGUGGCGAUGUGCUGAUGCUUCUAUCCUUGGUGCAUCUCAGUACAAAGUGACUACCAAGAGUACCUAUGUAACUGCAAGCAUAAAUGCAACAGACCAGUGGAGAAGCAACAGUUCCUCCAAUGAUAUAUGUCAGUAUCCUUACCAUGAGGUUUAUACCAAAGAUGGGAACUCAUAUGGAAAACCCUGUGAGUUCCCCUUUCUGUAUAAUAAGACGUGGCAUCAUGACUGCAUUCAGGAUGAAACGCAUACGGGUGGGAAAUGGUGUGCCACAUCUGAAGAUUAUACUCAUGAUGGAAAAUGGGGAAUCUGCUUACAACCAGAGGAUGGUUGUCAUGAUAUCUGGGAACGUGAUCCGGGGUCUGAAAGCUGCUACCAGUUUAGUACACAGUCUGCUCUUUCUUGGAAGGAAGCUUAUAUUUCAUGUCAAAGGCAAGGGGGAGAUUUACUUAGCAUCCAAGAUGCAUCUGAAUUAAGUUACAUACAAGCUAAGGAUGGCGUUGCUGAGAUCUUUUGGAUUGGUUUAAAUCAACUGGACGUUUCUGGAGGUUGGCAGUGGUCAGAUCACAAACCUUUGAAUUUUCUCAACUGGCAUCCAGAUAUGCAGAGUUUGUCCCCACUGGAUGGGACUAGCUGUGUGGUGAUGAAUGCUGCCUCAGGUCAGUGGCAGAGUUACCAUUGUGGGACUCCACUUCCAUACGUUUGCAAAAAGUCACUCAAUGAAGUUUCAAGCCUUCCAGAGUUUUGGAGACACUUGGAUACUCGCUGUGAUUCAGGCUGGGUUCCCCACAAUGGUUUUUGCUACAUGCUGAUAAACAACCAGGCACCUUGGAGUACAGCAGAUGAGUUGUGCAAAGCAAAUAAGAGUAACCUCAUCAGCAUACACUCAUUAGCAGAUGUCGAACUGGUUGUUACAAAGCUUCAUAAUGAUGCUAUGGAAGAAAUGUGGAUGGGUCUCAGGAAUGAAGAUGUACCAACCUUGUUCAAAUGGUCAGAUCACUCAGCUGUGGUUUUUACAUAUUGGGAUCAGAAUGAACCAAAAGUUCCUUUUAACAGCACUCCUAACUGUGUGUCAUAUUCAGGCGAGCUGGGACAGUGGAGAGUCAAAUCCUGUGAAGAAAAAUUGAAAUAUGUGUGCAAGAAAAAAGGAGAGAUUUUGAAUGAAACAAAAUCAGAUAGAAGUUGUUCAUUGAAAGAGGGAUGGGAGAGACAUGGAAACUACUGUUACAAGAUUUAUAAAACAGAAGUUUCAUUUGGAGCACAGUGCAAUCUUACAGUGAUGAACAGAUUUGAGCAAGAAUUUAUAAACAGUCUAAUUAGAAAACACACCAAAGUUGCAGAAAAAUACUUCUGGACUGGUUUGCAGGAUAUUAGCCAGUCAGGAAUAUAUUCCUGGGGUACAGUGGAUGGGGAAAAAACUGAAGCUGUGACAUACACUAACUGGAAUUCCUUGCAACCAGCAUUUUCAGGAGGAUGUGUGGCCAUGCCCAGUGGAAGUUCUCUUGGAAAGUGGGAAACUAAGGACUGUAAAACCACUAAAGCAUUUUCUGUCUGCAAAAAAUACAUUGGGCUGCCCAAGGAGCCAGAAGUGCUCCCAAAGCCAACUGAUCCCUGUCCGCCUGGAUGGCACAAUGGAUCUGGCCUUGCCUGCUACAAGUUCUUCCACAGUGAAAGAGUGCUGCGAACCAGGACCUGGGAAGAGGCAGAAAGGUUCUGUGAAGCACUUGGAGGCCAUCUGCCUAGUUUUAGUCACUCAGAAGAAAUCAAGGCACUUCAUUCUAUCCUGAGAAAAAUAAUCAGCAAUGACAGAUGGGUAUGGAUUGGAAUGAAUAAGAGGAGUCCCGAUUCUUUGGGAACCUGGCAAUGGAGUGAUGAUAAACCCGUAACUAGUGUUGUUAUGCCACUUGAUUAUCUGGAAGAUGAAUAUGAUACAAGAGACUGUGCUGCAUUAAAGACCUCUCAGUUUUCACGGAGAUCAUUUUGGAGAUUUUAUUUCCAUGAAGGCAGAGACCUGGAAUUUUACUUCAAGCCUUUUGAUUGUGAAGCUAAGCUUGAAUGGGUCUGCCAGAUAACAAAAGGUAGCAUUCCAAAGACACCUGAGUGGUAUAUACCAGAUGAAAUCGGAAUUCAUGGAGCCCCACUUGUAGUUGAUGGAGCAGAGCUGUGGUUUGUACCAGAUAAAAACCUGACCUUCCAAGAAGCUAUUUUCUACUGUCAAAAAAAUGAUAGUGAUUUAGCCUCUGUGGAGUCUUAUCCAAAACUCAGGACAAUACUGUCUCAAAUAGAAAAGUUAUCAAACAGCGAACAGAAGUGGUGGCUGAAGUUUAUUGAUUAUGGUUACAGCUAUCAUUCACCUUUACAGUUAUUUUCACGCUUCCAUGAUCGAUUCCUGAGAGAUUGCUGGUAUGUUUCUAGAAAGAACUGGUAUAGAGACUACCCAGUGAACUGUAACGUGAAACUCCCCUUCAUCUGUGAAAAAAAAAAUGCCUCCUUACUAGAGAAACAUGAUCCCAGUUACCGCCCUGUCAGAGGAGGUUGCCCUAAAGGUUGGCAUCAGUUCCGGAGUAAGUGUUUUCUAAAGAUGAAACCCGAAUAUUUAACGUUUAAUGCAGCUAAUGAAAAGUGUGUAACUUUUGGAGGCUCUCUUCCAUCUAUCUCAAAUCAAGCUGAGCAAGAUUAUAUAACAUCCUUGCUUCCUGGUAUGCCAAAAGAUAUUUGGAUUGGUUUGCAGUUUCUGUUCAGCACAAGGGAAAACAAAUGGAUAGAUGAGAGUAGACUGUUGUAUAGUAACUUUCACCCACUCCUGACAGGAAGAUUAAGGAAAAUUCCACUCGACCUUUUUGAUGAAGAAUUUAACAAUCAGUGCGGUGUAAUCCUUAAUGAUCCCAAAUCACAGUAUGUUGGAACAUGGAAUUUCACUGCUUGUGCUGACAGGCACUUCUUGGGUAUAUGCCAGCGGCCUAUAGGAGCUGCUGAUAACCAGACAGAGCAAGUCCUUAAUGAAACAUUGAGCUAUCAAAAUGUUCAAUACAUGGUAAUUCCGAAGAAUUUGUCCUGGGAUGAUGCAAUGGCUGCAUGCAUAAAUAACAAGAUGCAGCUGGUUAGCAUCACAGAUCAGUUCCAGCAGGCUUUUCUUGCUGUUCAGGCUGCCCUUCGUAAUUACCCACUGUGGAUUGGACUCUUCAGCCGAGAUGGUGGAAAACACUAUGGCUGGCUGGAUGGGAAACAUGUUAGUUUUAGUCGCUGGUCUGAAGAUGAUGAAGAAACAAGCGAAGAAUGUGUGUUUUUGGAUACUGAUGGCUUCUGGAAAACUUCUGACUGUUCCUCUGAAAAUCGAGGUGCUAUUUGCUAUGCAUCAGAAAAGAAGAUUGAAAAAGAACAAGUUACACAAGUUAAGUGCCCACAUAAGAUUAAAAAUACACCCUGGAUAUCAUUUAGAAACAAUUGUUACACUUUUAUGAUAACAAAAAAUAGAUGGAGAGAACUGAAGUCUCAAGAAGCUCAUCAUUUAUGCAAGAAAAUGAACCCAGAAGCAUUUGUUCUGAGCAUUCGAGAUGAAGAAGAGAAUAACUUUGUUACUGAGCAGCUUCAUUCAUUCAGCGGUCUGGCUAUGUGGGUCUGGUUGGGUGUGAUUUAUGAUGACAGUGAUAAAGUUCUCAAGUGGUAUGAUGAAACUCAUCUGACUUACAAUAACUGGAGGCUGGGAAGACCUAACAUAAAGAAGAACAGUUUUUUUGCUGGUGUAAAUCUUGAUGGAUUUUGGGAUAUUUACAAUUAUUCUCAAAGUUGGCAUGCUCAUCACUAUAACGUGUACAGUAUACUAGCCUGUAAAAUUGAAAGGGGACCCCAACAGCUCAAGCCUCCAUUGCCUGAGUCUAUUCCACACGGAAACAGAACAUACAGGAUCCUUCAGAAAAAGUUAACAUGGUAUGGGGCAUUGAGAGAAUGCAAACAAAAUAGGAAUGAUUUAGCAAGUGUACACAGUGAAUCACAACAGUUAUUUCUAGAAGAUAUUGUCAAGCAGGAUGGCUAUCCUCUGUGGCUUGGGCUGUCAAUUCAUGAUGGAAGUAAAGCUAAUUUUGAAUGGUCAGAUGGAAGCGACUUCGACUACUAUCCUUGGGAAUUAGAAAAUUCAAAUACUACCGAGAACUGCGUUCUCUUGGAUACUAAAGGAUCUUGGAACCGUACAGAAUGUACAAAUGUUGCUGAAGGUGCCAUUUGCUAUAGCCCUCCAAACAAGAGACAAUUACAGCCAAAGCAAGUGAGCAGAGCCCCGGGAUGCCCGCAGAUCAGUGGUACCCUAAAGUGGAUACAGUAUAAGGAUCAUUGUUAUGCAUUUGAUAUGGCGUUCUACAAUUUUUCAGUAUAUAACAUGGAAGAUGCUAAGAAAGUCUGCCAGAAACUGAAUCCUUCAGCAACCCUUCUGACUAUAGUGGAUGCUGAAGAAAAUGCAUUUGUGAGCACACACAUAAAGGAAAAUGAUCUCAUCACCAAGAAUGUAUGGCUUGGCCUGGCUCAGAGCUCUAAGGAUCAGUCCCUGAACUGGCUCGAUGGCUCAUCAGUUAAUUAUGUCAACUGGGAAAAUAAAACUGCAGCAGUCAAUGAAAAAUGCAGUGUUAUCCUGUCCACAACUGGCACAUGGUCCAAAGUUGACUGCAGUCGUAGUCAAAGCAGAGUGGUUUGUAAAGCUCCUCUAGGUUCUAAUCAUACUGGUGUGGCUGUAGCAUUUGCCCUGCUAAUUAUCUUAGUCUUGAUUGUUGGAUUAGUAUGGUAUCUCUAUAAAAAGAAGCGUCUUCACUGGAGUGCCUUCUCUUCAGUACGCUAUCAAAGAGGGAUGAAUGAUGAUGAAACUGAUGAUGUGUUGACAAAGGAUAGCUAUUGAGAAACUGUUCCUUCUGGGCAAUUUAGCAUGAACUUCACUAUGUGAAGUCAUAAGGAAUUAACUACUUGAUGUUUUAUUACUUCAUUUUGGAAAAGUAAUAAGAAGGUUAUUAAUGGGGGCUAAAUUUUGUUCUUUUAUACAAGUGCAAUUUUUACGCAAGUCCAUGGUAAUUAUUUACAUUUGGCCUCAGCCAUUUAAGGUGCAAGGUUUCUAGAGUUCUGUGAUAUUUUUUAAUUUACUAUUUUCUCUCUUUCCUGGAAAGCAUUUUAAUGGAUAAUUAAUGCCAACAGUACUUCAUGCAACAUCACCUUAACAAAUGUACUUAAAAUUGCUACAUGAAUUCUGUAAGUUUGUACAAUUACCCACCAACAACUUCAUGCCAAAUGAUGUACCAUUUUGAUAUGCUGUAAAGGUUUUGCUGCUAGCAUUGGGUUACCCUGUAGAAGCAACUUUUGUAAUAAGCAGUUAUAAAUUUUGAUAUAGCAGGGGAGAAGGGAGAUACCAGACAACUAAGUGUUCAUUCCCAUCCAACUAAAACUUAAAUUUUCUUGUUAUAGUGGAAGAAGAUCAUAUUGUGAUUUGCCCCCCACAAAGACA